UCCUUGACAUACAUACAGGCAAGUUUCAGGCUGCUCCUUAAGCUGGUCCUGAGAAGCUGCUGUGGCAUACACGUGUGGUGUGUGGUCAACAUGGCGGACCUCCAGAUGAAACUUCUGCGUAAAAAAAUCCAAAAAAGAAAUGAGAAAAAUAAGGAACGAAAGUUACUUCGGACGCAGAGAGAAGAGAAAGAAUUCGACAAACUGCAGGACGAAACCCAACUUUGCAAGGACAAGCAGAAUGACAACCCAACUGAAACCCAAACUAAUGCUGAGGGAAAAUCAUUGAAGCAGCAGCAGAAAAAGAAGAAAAGAAAGGUGCCUCACACUACGGAAUCGCCAGCAGAGAAGAAACCCAAAACUCAGCAUCAAGUCAACGAGGAGAAGCCAGAAGGCAAUAAGGAACAAUCAUCUGAGCUGGAAGAUGAGGACGAAGAAGAGGGAGAUCUUGAGUUACCAUCUGGUUUGACAGGUGCGUUUGAGGACACAUCUUUCGCUUCUCUCGCUGAUCUCGUGAGUGAGAACACACUGAAAGGAGUGCAGGAGAUGGGCUUUGAACACAUGACAGAGAUCCAGCACAAAAGCAUUCGCCCGCUGCUGGAAGGAAGAGAUGUGCUGGCUGCUGCCAAAACAGGAAGUGGCAAAACCUUGGCCUUCCUCAUACCUUCCAUAGAGCUCAUCUAUAAACUCAAGUUUAUGCCCAGAAAUGGGACUGGUGUAGUGAUUCUUUCUCCGACACGUGAGUUGGCGAUGCAGACAUACGGUGUGCUGAAAGAACUCAUGACACACCACGUGCACACCUAUGGCCUGAUCAUGGGCGGCAGCAACCGCUCAGCAGAGGCCCAAAAACUAGCCAAUGGUGUCAACAUUGUGGUGGCAACACCCGGUCGCCUGUUGGACCACCUCCAGAACACACCCGGCUUCAUGUUCAAGAACUUGCAGUGUUUGAUCAUCGAUGAGGCUGACCGCAUCUUGGAGGUGGGCUUUGAGGAGGAACUGAAACAGAUCAUCAAGCUGCUGCCCAGGAAGAGACAGACCAUGCUCUUUUCAGCCACACAAACUCGCAAGGUGGAAGACUUGGCUCGUGUCUCUUUAAAGAAAGAGCCGCUGUAUGUGGGCGUGGAUGACAACAAGGACAAUGCCACUGUGGAUGGUUUGGAGCAGGGCUAUGUCGUGUGUCCUUCAGAGAAGCGCUUUCUGUUGCUCUUCACCUUCCUCAAGAAGAACCGCAAGAAGAAGCUGAUGGUCUUCUUCUCGUCCUGCAUGUCUGUCAAAUUCCACUACGAGCUACUCAACUACAUUGACCUUCCUGUGAUGGCCAUCCACGGCAAGCAGAAGCAGACCAAACGCACCACAACCUUCUUCCAGUUCUGCAACGCUGACUCUGGCAUUCUGCUGUGUACGGACGUGGCAGCUCGAGGCUUGGACAUCCCUGAGGUGGACUGGAUCGUCCAGUACGACCCCCCGGAUGACCCCAAGGAGUAUAUCCACAGGGUGGGAAGAACUGCUCGAGGCAUCAACGGCAGAGGCCACGCCCUCCUCAUACUGCGCCCUGAAGAGCUUGGAUUCUUACGCUUCCUCAAGCAGGCUAAGGUUCCCCUGAGCGAGUUUGAAUUUUCCUGGAGUAAAAUCUCUGAUAUUCAGUCCCAGUUGGAGAAGCUUAUUGAGAAGAACUACUAUCUCCACAAGUCGGCCCAAGAGGCUUACAAGUCCUACGUGAGGGCUUACGACUCGCACUCGCUCAAGCAGAUUUACAGCGUCAAAACGCUGGACCUCCUCAUGGUGGCCUUGUCCUUUGGCUUCAAAGUUCCUCCCUAUGUGGAUCUCAACGUCAACAGCAUCAAAGGCGCAAAGCUGCUAAAACGAGGUGGCGGCGGUGGCUUUGGAUACCAGAAGUCCAAGAAUGUGAACAAGUCGAAAAUGUUUAAGCAUGUCAACAAAGGAAGGAGUGACAGAAGGCAGUUCUCUCGCUAAACCGAAAAUAUUCCUUUUUUCCCUGCUCUUCUCUCCUUAAUUCUGUCAUGGUGACAAUACUUCAUACUCCUUGUGUGUGAAUUGUAUCAUAACAGUAAUUCUGGAGGUUUUAUAUGUUUUAUGCACAAUUCCAUCUUUAGGAUACAAAAAUUCCAUUGGUUUGUAAUAAAUGUCAUUGAAGAAUGA